AUGACAAUUCAAAGCGCAUUCACCGUGCUGCUAGCGCUAUCCCUGGUGGAUAUGGGCAAUGCAGAGAGAAUACUCGGCGCAUAUAUCUUCCAACGCCAUGGUGACCGUACUGCCAAAGCCCUCGCGCCAACCAAGUUGACCGACCUCGGCUAUACUGAAGAGUACAUGAGUGGCAGCUUUUUCAACAACCGAUAUAUCUCUUCCAGUUCCGCGUUCCAAAUCGAGGGAAUUAGCACAGAGAUAGUGAGCCUGUCUCAAAUCACAGCCAGCGCUCCACAAGACACUGUCAUCCAAAACUCAGGCCAGGCCUUCCUGCAAGGUCUCUACCCGCCGAUCGGUACAGCCGCAAAUGAGACCCUUCGCAAUGGGUCCACGGUCCAGUCUCCCUUGAACGGCUACCAGUUGAUCCCCAUGUCAGACGUUCAGUCUGGCAGCGGCUCCGAGGACAACACAUGGCUCCAGAGCACAUCAUCCUGCUCCAAAGCCGAAGUGAGCAGCAACAACUAUCUGUUCUCAAACUCAUACAAGGAUCUGUUGAAGUCCACGGAAACAAUGUACCAGUCUCUCUCUCCCUACGUUAGCAGUAUCAUCCCUUCGGAUCAGUUGAGCUUCAAAAACGCAUACACCAUCUGGGACCUUCUCAACGUGGCAUCUAUCCAUAACGGAACUGGCACAGCUCUUCCGUCAAGCCAGGAGAUGAAGAACCUUCUAGUCCUGGCCAAUAACCAUGAAUAUAACCUCGCAUACAGCAGCAAUGACACCAUCCGCGCUGUGGCGGGUAUGACGCUGGCCGGUCAAGUAGUCACUGCUCUGAACAAGACAAUUACAUCCGGUGGUAAAUCCAAGCUGAACAUUCAAUUCGGUGCGUACUCGACUUUUUUGUCCUAUUUCGGUCUUGCAGGACUCGGUGCAGAGAAUGUGAAUUUUACUGGCAUGCCUGACUAUGCUUCUUCAAUGACAUGGGAGCUUGUGACGAACGCCUCUGGAUCGGGCAUGCCUUCCGAGUCCGAUAUCAGUGUACGCUUCAUGUUCCAUAAUGGAACAAGUAUCACUGGGUCGACCCAGCUGCAGGCCUAUCCACUAUAUAAUCUGACUGCGACCACCCUUCCAUGGACACAAUUUGUCCACGAUACAAACCAAUUUGCGAUUUCCACUCAGUCGCAAUGGUGCCAGUCCUGCGGGAAUACUACCGGUAUCUGCAGCUCUAGUGCAAAUGAGAGCUCAGAUGGCUCCUCGUCUUCCUCGUCUUCCUCGUCUUCCUCUGGUGGAAUGAGUCUUGCGGUUGCGGGUGUUAUUGGUGCGAUGGUAACUCUGGGCGUUCUUGCGGGCUUUACAGCACUCGUUAUGAUUGUAUUCGGUCUACGCUUUGUACGGAAGAGCACACUUGCGGCAUUCUCCAGAGGCUCAGGCUCUGACGCCUCUAUGGCAGCACCAGCUUUCAAAAGACCAUCUGUCUGA